AUGAAUACAGAUGUUCUUGAAAUAUUGGAACUCUGUGGUGAAGGUACAUUUAGCGAUGUUUACAAAGCAAAACAAAGAUCUACCGGGACUAUUGUUGCGAUUAAAAAAGCUCGAGAGGUUAAAUAUGAAAGACCAGCAAAAGAAAGAGUAACGAAUGAGAUAAAAAUCUUAAAGUUGGUUCAUCAUGAGAAUGAACCUGUUAAAAUUUUAAAUUCCGAAAAUGUUUCUCAAUUUAAUGUAAAAAAUAUAGAAAUAAAUAAAAAUUCGCUUAUAUUUCUUUUUUGUCCUUUAACAUUAAGAACAUUGUUAGAUGAAUAUGAUCUUAAAUUAAUCGAAAUCAAAUCUUGCAUUUGGAUGAUACUCAAUGGAAUGACACAUAUACAUAAUUGUGGAGUUAUGCAUAGAGAUUUAUCACCAAGAAAUAUAUUAAUAAAUGACAUUGGUGUUAUAAAGAUAUCAGAUUUUGGAAAUGCAUGGAUAAAUAAUGGAAAUAAUCCUUCAGGUGAAAAUAUUGGGACAAGAUAUUAUUACGCACCGGAACUAUUAUUUUCUGCUGAAAAUUAUACCAAUGCAAUCGAUUUAUGGUCACUUGGAUGUAUAUUUGCAGAAUUUUUUACAGGAGGUGGACCAUUGUUUGUAGGAGAAAAUGAUAUUGAACAAUUAUGUAAAAUAUUUCGCGUAUUGGGAGUUCCCAACGAAAUAACUUGGCCAGAAAUGAAAGACUUUCCAGAUUAUGGAAAGUUAAAUUUCAAAAUUACAAAGUGUUCAGGAUUGAAUCAACAAUUAUCCAAAGCAAAUUCACCAGAAAUCAUACAAUUUAUUUCAAAUUUCUUAAAAUAUCCUUUUAAGGAAAGAAAGACAGCAAAACAGGCGUCACAAGACUUAAUCUUUAACUCGAAUGAUUUUUCAAAAAUUCGAAUCGAAUUAGAAAAAUUGAAUCGUAAAUUAAUUUUAAAUCAGGAAAAUUCUAAUUUCACAGAUACGGUCUAA